AUGGGAGUGUAUGACCAUCUCAAUAGAUUGAUGGGGGCUUUGCCCUUUGUCAUAGGUUUUACUGUAAUAGCUGCUGCUAUUUUUUUCUGCGUACAAUCACGACGUACAUUGAGACUUUCUUCAUUAUCGACACAUCGCAGCUGUGAGCAGUUUCAGAGGUCAAGCGAACAUGAUAGAGACGACAACCAACGGGUUACAGAAAAUCAUAUCAUCGAUUUACCAUCUUAUAAAGAAUUGUUUUCUUCUCGAUCCAACGGUUUUCUUCCAUCAUCGAUCACGCAACUACCUUCUUACGAUGAAUUUAUGAAAAGAUCUGACAGCCGUUGUUGA